AUGCGCCCGGUCUGCUGCGCGUCACGUCCAAUCAUUGCGCGCUCACCUAUUUUUUUUUUCCCUUUUUCUUCCCUUUUUCUUCGGCGCUACACGCUGCCCCGGCGGCAAAAGCCCGCCGCGGCCCGCUUCCGCCCGCGGUCCGCACAUGCCUCGCAAGCGCCCGCCCCUGGCAACAUCGGGGUCCGCCCAUUCCCAGCACCCUCCCUGUCGCUUUUCUUCGCAUGCACCCAAGUCAAGCCACGCACUGCACACGGUGCCCCGCACCCCACUGCCCCCCCCCUCCCCCCCUCCUCCUCCCCACCACCGCACUCAACACGCACUCCUAUUCCACAAACCCUGCCCUCCAUCAACUUGCUCAUCACGUUCCCACCCGUCUUGUUUCUCACCCUCCCCGCCGUCACCUCCUCCCCUUCACCUUCCCCACCUUGCAUCCCUAACUUCUUGCCUACUCCCCAACUCCGCUCCCCUUCCCUCCCUCGUCCCCCCCGCCCCCCGGUCCACUUCACCACCUUUCCGCCAAGUAACAUCGAAGCAACUCAAGCACCCCCAUUUUGUUGUCGCUCUUCCGCGCAAGGCGAAAGCAUGACGCCGUCGCGCGACAUGUCCGCCUCCGCCUCCACCAUCCCGGAGGGGCGCUCUCUCUACCUGCCGCCCAUCUCCACUUCCGCCAACAUAAAGGAUGGUUCCCCCUCCGACUCUGCCCAGCCCGUCGUCUUCGCGGUCAAACUCACAGAAGAAAUGGUCUCCACGCUCGUCGCCGGCGCCGCCACCGAUGACGCCUCCAUCCACCUUGCUGAAAGCCAUGCCGUCCUCAACAUGCCCAACCACGAUCCCUUCAAGUUUACGCUCCGCCCCAUUGGUGAGGGCGACGAUUCCCGCCGCGCCGUCUGUUAUUCUAGAAACGCCACAGACCUACGCGCCGUCGGCCCCAUCGUUGCAGACCUAGACCUUGAGCGUGCGAAUUCCGUGGACGCCAGCUCCGUUGCAAAGAUACGUGCUGCAGAUGAGCGAGACAAGAGCAAGAAACGCGGAAUGAAACUGGCUGAUGAUAUUGCUCCAACCGCAAGGAAGAGACGCAAGACCGUCGAAAAGCGUCCCCGUCCCGCCCCAAAGAUGCCCAAGAGCAGCCCAAUUGUCUCGCCCGGUCGUGGCCACAGUGCAAACAACACCCCCCCGAGAGCCCGCCCAAAUGGAAGGCCUAGAGCAACACCCACCGCCUCUGCUGCAGUUCCACCUUCAUCGGCACCGCGACGCAUUUCUCCGCAGACUAACUCCCAGAUGUCCGGUCUCUUUGGCAAUGGCAAUCUCCCGGAAAUGACCGAGAGGGUUCGACCCGGUGCAUCAACCACCCGACGCUCUGUCACUCCACCAAAAUUUCGCUCCUCCCCGUACGGUUCUCGAAGAACAUCUCCGCUCCCUACCAGCGCCCAUUCGCCUUCCAGCCCCAAAACGGGAAAUCUCAGAGCGAAAAGCGAGGAUAUUGACGAGCUGCGAGUCAAUGUCAUGCACAUCUUGGCGUCCCAUCCGCGAGCGUUUCACUCUCUUUCCAGCCGCGUUAUUGAAAGCGAUGCACCUCCAGAGGUGAAGGAGGACCUGAAGAGUGUUUUGCAAGAAGUCGCUACAUGCAAAGACGGUAUUUACACGCUCAGGGGGCAUUGCUGGGCGAAAAUCUCCGAAGACUACCAGGAAUAUACGCACGCCGAGCGAACGCAAAUGAGAAUCGCGCGAUCCGAAUGGGACAGUGUAAACGGUACGAAUGAUGUGAGGUCCAUCACAGACGGCGUAAUGACGGACGCCCAGCUCGAUUCCGAAAUCAGAUCGUUCCAAAAGGCAAAGACAGAUGAUAAUGUUGGGAAGAUUUCCAGUGAGAGAGAAGAGAAGGAGUUUCGCAAGACCUUUGAGAAGUGGUAUCCUUUAUACGCAGAAGUUAUUAACCGUCUAGAGAAAAUGUCCAAGAUGUUUAAAUCCUUGGAUUCGCGCUUCAAGGAGCGUCGCUCGGCUGAAGAACGCGAUAGCAUCGUGAAGAGAAUUACGACAGCGUACGAGAAACAUAAGAAGCGGCGAGAGGAAUUGAUCACGGUUUUACCAUUACUGCACGGAAACCUGCGUUCUAUCCGUAGCGCCCUGGACAAGUGGGCCAAGGACGCGAUGAUGGAUAUGGACUAAGUGUCCAAUUGGUUUUUACGUCGCGUUUGUUUUGUUCUUUUUUGAUUGUGUCGUUAGCAAAUACUUGAUUCCCUUCAUUGGACGACACAGAAAUUUGUAGAGAGUGUCGAGACCUAACCUGUAACACCCAACACUUGCUUUUGUAAAAGUUGCAAUCAUGCAUGCAGAGAUGGUUGCGGCUUGAAGUCCAGCUUUCGCAACAAACAGGGCAACUUUUUUUUUUUCCGUAUAAAUCGACCAGCCGCUCAGAGGCUGUUCAAACCGGGUGGAGUGGACCGGGUGGAGUGGAUUCGAAGACAUGUUCACGGCGAAUUCAAUGGUUUCUCCCUCUGCGCACUUCAGGUUAGGAUUGUGGAAAUUACCAGACGAAGAAGAGGCAUUUUAAAGGAAGGCCCCAUCAGUGUUAUAUGAUUGGUUGAAGCAGCAAUGCUUACAAAGCGAUCUCGAGUGUUUUUAUCUGACAGUAAAUUACAGAACACGCACAGUAUGAUUGCGCAGUUAUGCCAACUGUGCUAGGGGUGUUGACAACGUCUUGCGAACUUGGCGCCGUCUGCUCACAUGGCGUCGCGGGUAAAGAGCAGCAACGUGAUCCACCUGUGAGAAAAGGGUGCUCCUUCCUAGAAACACUGACAGCAAACGGUGGUUGUGCACGACAAAUCGCGCCGUGCGGCUGUCGAGCUACAGUUGUGCACAACAUCCAUCAGUUUUGUGUGACGGAACCGAAAUCUUACCGGAGCUCAAACGUUGCGAUUUUGUUUUCUAGCGGACCCCGUACAUGGAAGAACGGGAAGAAGCGGGCCGGUCCGCUGGUGAGGUGCCGUCGCUGACCGAAUCUACUCUUCCGAAGGAACGCGUGCCGAUAAGCUGUACAAAGGCGUUCGACAGCUUGUAUUUUUGCUACUCCCCUUUUCAUCAAGGUCGUGAGUACUACAUAACGGGACAACUGGAUGAUUGCCGCGGUCGGUUAAAGCGCUUUCGAAUGUGCGUGAUGUCGCGCUUCAGGCCGCAGGCGGUUUCUGAGACUAUUUAUGCGGAGGAAGAAACGAAGGAAAGCUCUGGAAAGAGCAACGCACCGCCGGUGUGGGAAUCAAGUGAAGAAUACCUCGCAAACGUGGAGAAGGCCGAGCAGGAGGAAAGGAGGGAAACCAAGAUACAAAGAGAAGGAGAAGCUAAAGAAGGGGCCCAAUGGUGGCUGUGAACGACAGCGCCACGCGUGAAUGCUGUUCAAAAGCAAAAAAACUCUCCUUGACCUUGGCUCGGGCCUUUUACCUCUAUCAUGCACGGUUUAUCACAUACAGUUUUCGUUUCAUUCUUGACGCGGCACAAGCUCCUUGUCAAAGUUCCUCCCUCUGGCCACAUGUCACCGCAGGGAAGCACAGAUAUGUAUAUAUUAAAGUUGCAUUUACUUUGUC